AUGGAGAUGAGCGACAGGAACUGUUUAGCGAAGGAAAUGUUGAAUGACAUCUACUGCAAUGAUGGACUUUCUGAAUAUGAGAAAGUAGGACCACACCAAGACCCUGUAGACAAUACUACUUAUGAAGAUAUUGUUGAAGCGAAGAAUGUUACUCCAAAAGAAGACGUUUACUAUUCACUAGCAGCUGCAGUGCCUCAAGAGAAUGAGAAGAGAAAAGCCUUUUUGGUGAAGUUGUUUCUGCUUCUCCUGUAUAUUUUGUUAUUUGACACCAUCACCUUUCUGACCAUUUACUAUGUCACUGACUUGAAGGAAGAAGGACACAUUGAGGAACUGAAUGGAAAAUAUGCUGCAUUUCAUGAACAACUAGAUCAUUUUAAAAAAGAAUUAUUAUCCAUGUCGGAAGAAAACGAUUACCUGCAGGGAAACCUAUCAGAAAUUCAGUACCAGUAUAAAGAAAUGAGCAAGAACCUGAAUGAGAUGACUAAAAUAAAUGCCAUAUUGAACAGAUUCUGUCCUGGAAGCAACACGUUGACACAGGGUAAGAGGUGCACCGUAUGUCCAGAGGGCUGGCUGCUGUUCAAUUUAAAAUGUUACUUCUUCUCAGCUGAUACAAUGAAUUGGAGUUCCAGUCGUGAUAUGUGCAACAGUUUUGGGGGGCGUCUAGUGAUUAUAAGGAGUAAGGAGGAGCAGGAAUUCUUAUUAAAGACUAUGUCUAACAAAGAAGAAGCAGAUAAGUCUUACUGGAUUGGACUGACUGAUCAGGUGACAGAAGGUCAAUUUAUUUGGGUGGAUGGCACACCUGUUGCCCAACAUGAAGGGUGGGAUGAACUCUGGGGUAUAAGGACAGAUGGGAGGAGAGAGCCUGAUAACUGGGUAGAUGACAGUAGUGUCAUAGGAGAAGAUUGUGUGUACAUUUGUAAAAUUGGGGGCUAUCAAGGUUGGUAUGAUGCGGCCUGUCAACAGAAAUACAAAAGAAUCUGUGAAGCCCCAGCAGCUCUUGUCCUUACCUCACCUGUCAGUGAGACCCAGAGUGGAGUCUAGGCAUGACAAACAUGCCCUUACUGCAGUCACAGCAAAUCUCUGAAUUCACAAAUGACAGUGUUUACUUCAUUCAGCUUUCUUGCUAAAUCAAAAUUUCUAAUCUUGAAUUGGAUUCUUUUUAUUCUUUUAUAGUUAUUCAUUUAAAUUGUACUAUAACAACCCUAAAAAAUGUGCAUCAACCACCGGUCAUCUGACUAGAAAGUGAUUAUCAUCAUGUGAGUGAAGUGAGGUGACCGCAAAGAUUCCUCAUUCAUGUAACUUGGGUGUAUAAAAGGUGGAACAUUUGUUGUCAGCAUAGAGUCUGUAAAUGGCAAGUGUAGUGAUGACUGAGGUGUUGUAGUCUGGACUGAAUUAACUAAUUCUCAGUGACAGACAAACCGUGUAUAGGGAAUGCUUUAAACUUUUAGAUGUCAGGUGAUAGGCCUUUAGUCUGGUCUAGAUGAACGGUAGUGCAGUGUACGCUAGAAGAGUUGGAAAUUCAGAGUGUUUUGCGUAGUCAAGUUAUUUUUGAGUAAUGUUAUUUUUCCAGGGAACUAACCUUUAGCUGCUUUUGGGAUGAGCUUGAGCGAUAAAGAUGUUUUGCAACAUUUUCUUCAUUUUGAUUUUACAAUACCUUAAAUGCAUAUUGAGAAACUGUAAGAUACCAGUGCUAGCAGAGAUGAUAGUCUGUUACUAAGUGAGCUAGCAUGUCUUGUUGUUUUAUGCACUUAUUGGGCGGUGGGUUUGGUUGCCGGUGGGUGCUUUGAUUUGCUAUCCUUUAAAAAAAAAAUGACAUAUUCCUCUGAAAUCAUAAUCUGCAACUAAGAAAAUUAGCCACCUGGUAAUGCUGCCCAGUACCUUACUGUUUCUAAUGGGGCUGUAUAAUCUAAUCUAAACACUUAACCCACCCAAGUUGUAUGAUUCUAUAUAUCACUUUGUAUUUACUGUUAUUGGUUUUGAUGUA